UGCCCAUCCACCUCCUGCUCCAGAAGGGACCCUCAGAGGCCGGGGGGACAGGCAGGAUGUCCCCGAGGUGUCCCUGGGUGCGGGCAGUGCCUGCCCUCCCUGCUGGAAUGCAGCGAGGAGCUGCCCUGGCCCGGCGGGGCUAUUUUGGUCCAGGGUUUUUAUCACACACUCCUCCCUUUGGAACCCACCCAGCUGAAGCCUUGCAGCCCUCACUCGGAGAGGCAGCGAGGGCUGGGAAGGAAGGAAGGAGGGAAGGAAGGAAGGAAGGGAGGAAGGAAGGAAGGAAAGGAGGAACUGGACACGCCAUGGCUGCCCGCACCGUGCCCCACGCCUACCCCAUGAGCUCUGAGUACGAGUUUGCCAACCCCAGCAAGAUCUACGACCAGAACUUUGGAGAAGGUGUGUCCCCAUCGGAGAUUUUAGCCCCUGCCCUGUACCACGGCUACUACAUCCGUCCCCGGAUCAACAAGCAGCUGGAGAGGGGCACCUCGGAGAUCUGCCUGAACCAGCACAAGUUCCAGGUGUUCCUGGACGUGUGCCAGUUCCUGCCCGACGAGCUCAGCGUCCGCACCGUGGACAACCUGCUGGAGGUGGUGGGGCAGCACCCGCAGAAGGCUGAUCGCCACGGCUUCAUCUCCAGGGAGUUCACCAGGACCUACAUCCUGCCCCUGGACGUGGAUCCCCUGCUGGUCAGGGCCACCCUGUCCCACGAUGGCAUCCUGAGCAUUGUGGCUCCCCGGACAGGCAAGGAGGUGAAGGCCAGAGUGAACGAGGUGAAGAUAACCCAGCAGGAGCAGCCAGAGGGGAAAGAGGAGCAGGCUGAGGAGGGAAAAGAGAAGGAAAAGUCCUAAAGGCUGCAGAUCUGGGAAGGAGGGGGGGACAGGGAUGGGGAAUCAGCAGUGCCAGACCCCUGCUUCUCACCAUCAGUGUUUAGCAGGGCCCUGAGGCAGCCACGCUUCUGCUUCUCAAGGCUGAUGGCUGGGAAAAAAAUGGACUUGGAACUGGAAAAAAAAAAGAGUGGGACUGCUGUGUGAAUGUGAGUGAGUGUCAUGCAAGUAUCCUCCUAGCUCAGGUCCCCAUGCAGGGAGCUCUGCUCUCCCCCCAGGGUCACUGCUGCCCUUAUUGAGGCUGUGUCUCAGUGGACUGUGCUCCAGCCCAGAAGGGCACUGGAGAGAGAACAGGGGCUCCCAGAGCCUUCCUUCUGAGCUGGUGGCUGUUUCAUGGCUGUGGAAGGUGGGGGUUGGUCUGUAAAAGCGCCUGCAGCAAUGAGGAGAGAGGAAUAAACCUGCCUCUGCUCUUCUCUUGUCUGCCUUGGAUUGGUGUUCCAGCAGGAAGGAUGGGCAGUGCCCAGCUGGCACUGAGCUCACCUGUGGCAGUGGCACCAUGGGUGGGGACAGGGAGGGACUGUGGCCACCCCUGUGCCUCACCCCCUGCUUUAGGGAGCCCAGAGUGAGGUGACCUCAAAGGGGAGCAGUGAUGAGCCCUUGGAAGGUCCCUGAGCAUCUCCAGACCUGCAAGUUAACGGGGCAUAAAUCAGUGCC